GUGUAUUUUGGGCGCUGGCUGAUCGAAGGGGGCCCCCUGGUGGUGCUCCUGGAUGUGGGAGCUUCAGCCUGGGCCCUGGAGCGCUGGAAGGGGGAGCUCUGGGACACCUGCAACAUCGGGGUGCCCUGGUACGACCGCGAGGCCAACGACGCCGUCCUUUUUGGCUUCCUCACCACCUGGUUCCUGGGUGAGUUCCUGGCCCAGAGCGAGGAGAAGCCACACGUGGUGGCACACUUCCACGAAUGGCUGGCGGGGGUCGGGCUCUGCCUGUGCCGGGCCCGGCGGCUGCCUGUGGCCACCAUCUUCACCACCCACGCCACGCUGCUGGGGCGAUACCUGUGUGCCGGUGCCGUGGACUUCUACAACAACCUAGAGAACUUCAAUGUGGACAAGGAAGCAGGUGAGAGGCAAAUCUAUCACCGCUACUGCAUGGAGCGGGCAGCAGCCCACUGCGCUCAUGUCUUCGCUACCGUGUCCCAGAUCACCGCCAUCGAGGCUCAGCACCUUCUCAAGAGGAAACCAGAUAUCGUGACCCCCAACGGACUGAACGUGAAGAAGUUCUCUGCCAUGCACGAGUUCCAGAACCUCCACGCUCAGAGCAAGGCCCGGAUCCAGGAGUUUGUGCGGGGCCAUUUCUAUGGGCACCUGGACUUCAACUUGGACAAGACCUUGUACUUCUUCAUCGCCGGCCGCUACGAGUUCUCCAACAAGGGGGCCGACAUCUUCCUGGAGGCCUUGGCCCGGCUCAACUAUCUUCUCAGAGUCAACAACAGUGAGCAGACCGUGGUCGCCUUCUUCAUCAUGCCCGCGCGGACCAACAACUUCAACGUGGAAACCCUCAAGGGCCAGGCGGUGCGCAAGCAGCUUUGGGAUACGGCCAACACGGUGAAGGAGAAAUUCGGAAGGAAGCUUUAUGAAUCCUUGCUGGUGGGGAGCCUCCCAGACAUGAACAAGAUGCUGGACAAGGAGGACUUCACGAUGAUGAAGAGAGCCAUCUUUGCCACGCAGGUAUUCGGACCCCUGAGCAGAGGAAUGGCAGUCCUUAGUUCUGACCCCAGAGAUUGCUGGCAGUUCUGAGGUUCCUAAAAGGGUGUGAG